AAAAUAUUCCCGCUAAAAGCUUCAUACCUGGGGAAGUGUCGGGUAUAGAAGGGGUCAAGGACGAAUCUUCUUAUUUAAAACAUUCUUCAAGUGAGAGUGUGGCUACAGUACCAAAAGCAACUCAGUGGUCUAGGUAGUACUCGGUAGUUUAUUGCCUGACUAAGUGAUAAGGUGCAAAAUGAAAUACGUUUUGAUUGUUGUUUUAUGCACCGUUGCUGUUGCAUACGUUGCGGCUACGGCAGUGAAAGAAUGUCCCAACAAUAAAAACGGUUUAAGUUACCCUGAUUUAGCAGACAGGGUUUCUCUUCACAACUGUACCAAAGCUCCAUGCAGAGCCAGAAAAGAUAGCUUUCAAAAAGUUGAAUACAAAUUUACACCAGGUAAGUUAGAGACUUUCAAUAAAGAUUACAAGAACCUCCAUACAAGAGUAACUGCUGAAAUAUUGGGUACUGCUCUACCUUUCCCUGGAGUUGAUGGUCAGUCUGCGUGUCCCAAUUUAUACGAGGAAGACAAGACUACGAAAGUAAAGGAUUGCGAAGUUAAAGCAGGAAAAAACUACUAUUACAAAAACGGUUUUGAGGUUUUAAGAAUUUAUCCAAGGAUAAAGACCAAUGCCCAUUGGGAACUCUAUGAGCCAAAAACUUCAAGGAAUAUUAUGUGUUUCGAAUUUUUGGUCCGGAUAACUAAUUAG